AUGCCAAGCAAAGACGCAGAGAGUCAUAUCGAUAAGGACAUACGAAAGAUAUCGUCGAGGAACGAUGAGUUGAUCAAACAGGACGCUACACUGAAAAGAGAAUAUACCACUUUGUUGAGAAAAGUGUCGAGUGUGAUAACGGUGCUGAAUAGCAUAGAUACCGAAGGCGGGGUUGGCAGUACAGAAAUCCCACGUUUGAUAUCAGAAACGACGGUUAAGAAGGUGCCCGAAUUGAAAUGGUACAAUGAACAAAUAUCGCUACUGACGGCCAAACUGGAGAAUAACGAAGAUACUGACGUUCCCGAAGAGUUGAUGGACGCUUAUACUUUAUACAAGGAAACCCCAUUGUUAUAUAAUGAUACCCACAUGCCAUGA